AUGUUUCGAGUUUCGACAACAAGUAAGCUUCCUUGCAUUAAGACAGCAAGAGCUCUUUAUAAUAAACCAAAGCAAUUAUUAAAGCGAAGUUAUCAUGAUGAUGGCGUUUAUGGAUAUCGAGUUGCUAAAGAAUACAAGUUACCUGACUAUACAUCGGAAGAGUUAGUCAAUCGUAUUAAGCAUGGAAGUCUAUUACGUAUGGUUCAAGCUUAUCGUACACAUGGACAUGAAGGCGCUCAUUUAGAUCCAUUAAACAUUAUGAAAAGAACAGAGGUACUUGCUUUAAAACCAGAAAGAUAUGGAUUAGGAAAAGAAAAUGAUGAAAUGUAUAACCUUAGUGGUAUUUUACAUGUAAAAGAAAGUAGUGGUAUUCAAAAUUCGGAAAAUGUAGAAGCAGAUUUUAAAACCAUUCUAAAUCAUUUACAAGCUGUUUAUUGCGGGAAAAUUGCUUAUGAGUUUAUGCAUUUACCAUCAGCUAGUGAGAGAAGAUGGUGGUAUCAUGCUGUUGAGAGUUGGAAUAAGCCACAACUAACAAUAGAACAAAAGAAACGUAUUCAUGAAUUACUAUCCAAGUCUGAAGUAUUUGAUCAAUUUUUGGGUAAAAAAUUUCCUAAUAUUAAACGCUAUGGACUUGAAGGAGCAGAAAGUAUGAUGGUAGCUAUGGAUCGUAUCCUUGAACUCUCUGCUCGUCAUGGUGUUCAAGACGUUGUGAUUGGUAUGCCUCAUAGAGGUCGUCUGAAUCUUUUAUGUGAUUUACUUCAGUAUCCUUACUAUGCCUUGUUUCAUAAGAUGAGUGGUCAAUCUGAACUUCCUAAGGAUACCUUUGGAUCAGGGGAUGUGAUCUCUCAUCUUGUUAAUAGUCCUGAUUUGACUUAUGGUGAUAAAAAAGUACAUGUUACCCUAUUACCUAAUCCAUCUCAUCUUGAGGCUAUUAAUCCUGUUGCAAUGGGGAAAGCAAGAGCGAAACAAACGGAUCUUUUAGCAUCUUCGUCUUUGGAUACCUCUUCUUGCAACCUAGGUGAUCGUGUUAUGUGUGUCCAAAUACAUGGAGAUACUGCAUUUUCUGGUCAAGGAAUUGUGAUGGAAUCUUUGAGUUUAUCAAAUCUAUCUCAUUAUUCUUCAGGUGGUUCAAUACAUAUUGUAGUCAAUAAUCAAUUAGGUUAUACGACUCCUGCUCAAAAUGCACGUUCUUCAGCUUAUUGCUCAGAUAUUGGUAAAAUGAUUAAUGUACCUGUUGUUCAUGUCAAUGGUGAUUUCCCUGAAGAAGUAGCUAGAGCUCUUGAUUUAGUAUUCGAAUAUCGUAAUAAAUUUAAAAAGGAUAUUAUUCUUGAUUUAAUAUGUUAUCGUCGUUGGGGUCAUAAUGAACUUGAUGAACCUGCUUUCACUCAGCCUAUCAUGUAUAAUAAUAUUCGUCAUCGUAUAUCUGUACCUAAACUUUAUGAAAAGAAAUUGAUCGAAGAAGAGACCUUUAAAUCUAAAAAGGAGAUAGAAGAUAUUCGUGAAGAUCAAAUAAAGCAAUUAGAACAGGGACUUCAAGAAUCUGAAUUCUUUCCAGAACAUGAUCCAACCAAUCUAUCUGGACGCUUUCAUCUUGAUGGAAAUUGGAAGGGAAUUAAACAUAUUCAAUCUGCUACAGAGGUAGAGAGUUCUCCAGAUACAGGCUAUCACCUUGACCUCUUAACGGAGAUUGGCCGAAUCUCUGUUUCACCUCCCUCAGACAUAAAGGUACACCCUCGUCUUCAGAAAUAUCAUAUUGAUCAACGUCUGAAAAAGAUAACUCAAGGUUAUGGGCUAGAUUGGUCUACAGCUGAGGCACUUGCCUUUGGGUCACUCAUCCAUGAAGGAUAUGAUGUACGUAUCUCAGGACAAGAUGUCGGCCGUGGUACCUUCUCACAACGUCAUGCUAUGUUAGUCUGUCAAGAGUCAGAACGUGCAGUUAUUCCAUUAAAUCAAAUACACAAGAAUCAUUUCUUGGAGGUCGCUAAUAGUCCACUUUCAGAGUUUGCUGUAUUAGGAUUUGAAUACGGUAUGUCUAUUGAAUCUCCUAAUCGACUUGUGUUAUGGGAAGCUCAAUUUGGUGAUUUCUUUAAUGGAGCUCAAAUCACGAUUGAUACACUUAUAUCAAGUGGAGAAGAGAAAUGGUUAAGACAAAGUGGACUUGUUAUGCUUUUACCACAUGGUCAAGAUGGAGCAGGACCGGAACAUUCUUCGUGUCGUAUAGAGCGAUUCUUACAGGUAGACUACACACACACAUAUAUAUAUAUAUAUAUGUAUACAAGAGUCUAA